ACAGAUAGAGGGAGACAGUGCUUUCUUUGGGACGCCUUGGCUGCUCGCGGUGCCGUCUUUGCCGUCAUGUCCUUGUUUGUGCGUUUUAAUCAGCAAUUGGAAAAUAACAGGUAGCGCUGUCCGUCUGUCUCUCGUACUCGUAUUCACCUGGGAGGAUCGGGGGCUAAAACGUGCCGAAUCGCCCCUUUUCUCGCGGCGCCUGGAUUCCCGUGUGCGCCCGAGAAGAAGCGGUGGGCCAGUGUGGAGCAGCCGGGUUGUUCGGAGCGUGUUCGUGCACAGUGUCACCGCCGCUGCUGGCUGCUUUCAUGGGGCUACCGUCCGCCCGUCUCGCCGCCUCUGAAGUCGCGAUCGUGGCAUGGAUUUGCGCUUGAAUUCUGCCCCCCAGUAGCCCUCAUGGUGGAUAUGGAAUGGUGCAUGCAGCUGUACCAAGUUUUCAGCCGCUGAAAAAACCCGGAAUCAUGGACAGUCAUCCGCUGUGCACUAGACUGUGUCCACACUCUCUGAGUGACAAAGAGGAUGGAGUGGAGAGGCAGGGUCCUGUGACGCUAAACCCUCGGCACAUGAGGAAGGCUUUCAAAGUCAUGAAUGAGCUGCGCAGCCAGAGCCUGCUGUGUGAUGUCACCAUAGUAGCAGAGGAUGUGGAGAUAUCUGCUCACAGGGUGGUUCUAGCAGCUGGGAGCUCCUACUUCCAUGCCAUGUUCACAGGGGAAAUGACCGAGAGCCGAGCCAAGAGAGUGAGGAUUAAGGAGAUGGAUGGUUGGACUCUGGGGCUGCUGGUGGACUACAUUUACACAGCAGAGAUCCAGGUCACAGAGGACAAUGUGCAGGCUUUGCUGCCUGCUGCUGGCCUGCUCCAGCUGACUGAGGUGAAAAAGGCUUGUUGUGAGUUCUUGAGCUCCCAGCUUCAUCCGUCCAACUGUCUGGGAAUCCGAGCCUUCGCUGACCUGCACGCCUGCUCCCAGCUGCUAGCCCAAGCCAACAGCUACGCAGAGCAACAUUUUACAGAAGUAGUUGGAAGUGAAGAGUUCCUUAAUUUGGGCAUGGAGCAAGUGUCGAGCCUCAUCGCUAGUGAUAAACUCACUAUCCCAACAGAAGAGAAGGUUUUUGAAGCUGUAAUUGCUUGGGUAAAUCAUGAUAAGGAUGUUCGUCAAGAACACUUGGCUCAUCUGAUGGAACAUGUGCGUUUGCCACUACUUUCCAGAGAGUAUCUGGUGCAACGCGUAGAGGAGGAGUCUCUGAUUAAAAAUAGCAGUGCAUGCAAAGACUACCUGAUUGAGGCUAUGAAGUAUCACCUGCUACCGGCUGAUCAGAGAGCUUUGAUGAAAACUGCACGCACUCGGAUGAGGACUCCAGCCUGCUGUCCCAAGGUGAUGGUCGUAGUUGGAGGACAAGCUCCCAAGGCCAUCAGAAGCGUUGAAUGUUACGACUUUGAGGAACAGAGGUGGUACCAAGUCGCUGAGCUUCCCACAAGGAGAUGCAGAGCAGGUGUUGUAUAUGUGAGCGGCUGUGUAUAUGCAGUCGGUGGAUUCAAUGGCUCUUUGCGAGUUCGGACAGUGGAUUGUUAUGACCCCAUGAUGGACCGUUGGACCAGUGUGAACAGUAUGCAAGAUCGCCGCUCCACACUCGGAGCAGCCGUGAUGAAUGGACUGCUGUAUGCUGUGGGAGGCUUCGAUGGCAGCACAGGUCUGUCCACAGUUGAAGCCUACAAUUCCAAAACAGACGAGUGGUUCCAUGUUCUGCCCAUGAGCACUCGCCGUAGCAGUGUGGGAGUCGGCGUUGUUAAUGGAAUCCUCUAUGCUGUUGGAGGUUAUGACGGUGCAACAAGGCAAUGUCUGAGCACGGUAGAAGCGUACAAUCCAAAAAGUAACACAUGGAGCUACAUCGCUGAGAUGGGCACAAGGCGAAGUGGAGCAGGAGUCGGAGUUUUGAAAGGUUUACUAUAUGCUGUGGGGGGACACGAUGGCCCCUUAGUUCGGAAAAGCUGUGAAGUUUAUGACCCCGCCUCUAACAGCUGGCGGCAGGUCGCGGACAUGAACAUGUGUCGGAGGAAUGCAGGUGUGUGUGCGGUAAACAACCUGCUGUAUGUGGUGGGAGGAGAUGAUGGCAGCUGCAAUUUAGCCUCUGUGGAGUUUUACAAUCCUGGCACAGACAAGUGGACCCUUUUACCCACAUGCAUGAGCACAGGGAGAAGUUAUGCAGGUGUAACCGUGAUAGAUAAACCCUUAUGACUGAUGGGGACUCCUGACACCGACCUGGAGUAGAAUGUAUUCUCAUACUGAAUACUGAUCUUGGAUCUGUCUACAAUGCCAGUGAUUGGAUAUUGGGCAGCACUAGCACAGGCACCAAUGAAGAUGAAGAAUGACAAGAAUGUUGAAGAUUUUUGCACUUACUGAAGAAGAAGAUGGAUCAAAGUGGGUGUUAUACUCGUGUUUUAAUGCCCUUGUGGCAGGACUGCAGUUGUGACUGGCCAAACCAGAUUUUAGCACCACUGUACCACUGUAGUGCCAUGGAAAUGCUACUGAUGUGAAGCUACUAAAACUGCAAAGAUACACUAACAUUCAUGAUGUUACCAUAAACCAGCUCUGACGAAGACCACUGAACUAUUUAAGGAAGAGGAAGGCCAAAGGACCACUUGGGACUGAACUGUUUCUCCUCUGUUCCACCUGAUUUUGUGUGUGCGUGAGUGUGUGCGUGUGUGUGUGUGCGCGGGUGUGUGGGGGUGUGUGUGCGUGUGUGGGGGUGUGCGCGCGCGCGUGUGUGUGCGUGUGUGCUUGUGCAUGUGUGUGUGCGUGCUUGCAUUACAGGUGCUCUUUGCUUGCACAGGUGAGCAUGUGUUAGUGCUCUGUGCUGUGAGUCUGGUGUGGUGGUGACUCCCUGUCUGACAGCGCAUGUCUGACCUCUGACCUUUACAGUGUUGCAGUGUGCCUGUGGAGAGCCUGAAUGUUGCUUCCUUUUCCUGCUCUUGAACCUUGCUAUGCCUCAGUACUGUUAUGGGACCGAGUAUCGCUCCAGACAGCCUUUGUUUUGUCAUGAAGAAAUACUUUAAAGGAUGGAGGUUGGUGCUGGUUGAGUUGGCCUGCAUGAUUUUAGAACUGUCAAAUGAAAAGCAAGAAGAUGCUUAUUAUAUUGUAUAUUUAUUUAUAAAGGACUGUAACAGGAAUAUUGAUUGUUCUGGUUAAAGAUCAUUACUUCCUGUUGCCAAAAGCAUUGACUGAGAGGGAGAGGUAUGUUGAGGUGAGCAGCCAUUUGGAUCAGCACCAUGUGGUCAAACAACAGCGUGCUGUGCCAUUCAUGACAAUAGACGCCUGAACUUGAUGCAUGUCCCUAACUCUCCUGUCUUCUCUGACAGUACCCUGUCCUUGGUGUAGCAACUGUAUAACCGCACACUGACGUACUAUGAAUGUGCCAAUUUUCUAGCUGUCUCCUCAUUUUGGCCAUCUUAUAUUUACAUAACAAAUGUGUUUUCUCUUUCUGCAAAGUGACCAAACCUACUGUUAGCAUUUACUCCUGUAUCUUUCUUACUUUUCUUGCUAUAUUGAAAUUGCUAUAGUAACUGGUAUCGCUGUUCUUGUCAGUGUAUUUAGGAAUGUCAUGUAAGCUAAUGACUAUGAAUCAUUUCAUUACUUGUUUUAUAAUAUUAUUAAUAAAUAUGCUUCUUGUAUUUAAAGCUGUGAAAUGAUAAAUGCUGUUUUUAAACUUUGCCAAAUCAGUAAAAUAAUGAAAAG